AUGGCGGUUGAUUUGACUCCGAGAUUUCGCCGGUUGAAUAGCCAAACAAGGAGCUUUCGAGAAAGCAGCCAGACCGGUUUCUCUGGGCCAUUUUAUGCUACACAGCUCUGGAAGAACAUCAUACAUGCGCUGCAGACGCAGGUGGAUGUCCGACGAAGACGGCAGCACCUGCGCGUUCAUGACAACUGCUUCACAGGCUCAGAUGCAGUGGAUGCCGUGCUCAGUCACCUGAUGCAGAAUGUCUACUUCAGCUCCAGUGAGAUCUCCCGACUCAAGGCUACACGCCUCUGCCAGGCUCUCAUGGAGGCAAAGGUGUUUGAACCUGUUGGGACGAGACUUUUCCGCCGUGAGAAAGAUAUUACGUUUGAGGACUCCAGCUGCAGCUUGUACAGAUUCCUGGACUGUGCUGCCAUGCCUGGUUCAGAGAGGAAGUACAGUGAAGUGGAGAAUGAGAUACCCGAUUCAAGAGAAAAGAUCAAGAAUAAGAGGCAUCACCCAAGGAUCUUCUCCAACCCCUUGGCCCUGGAAGCAUCGGAGAGGAGAGUGGAAAGGCUCCUAAGGACCCUUAACCUGCGGCCUACCAUGCCCUCCAGCCAGCAUGCAGCACCACCUGCUGGUAUUCUUCCCAAGAAAGUGGUCGAGGGGGUGUGGAAGCAGCACACUCUUCUCCAGCUCCUGCAGAUUGUGGAGCUACCAGUCCUUGACAGCAUACUGACCUCACCAGGAAAACCGGAGCCACAGCGUGGUGUCCCGCUCUCUAACCACGAAGACCUGGUCAUAUCUAACACCUUUGUGGACAGAGAGGUCAUCCAGAGCCUGAACCUUCCACAGCUGGACUCCUGGUUGACGGCAGCCACCACUUGCUUAGAGCACUUCCCCGACCAACUGAUUGUGGUUGCCGGGGAGCACCUUCUCCAGCAGGGUGGCGUUGUAGUUGACGGAGAUGAGGAGCUCAGUGCUACCAAGAGGCUUCUCUUUGACAUCAUUGCCAAGUAUUAUGGAGCACAGGAGAGGAGGCCACUGAUCAUUGGCCGCUACCUUGAUAUCCACAUGGGCAUUCUAGAGCUGCUGGUGGAAGGCAAGCAGGAACCUGCCCUCACUGCCUCUCAGCUUUGUCUGCGUCUCAUGGAGCCCAGUGACCGGGAUGAACUGCGCAGGCUGCUGGCUUUUAUGGCUGUGGCAGCACACCCAGAAGCCUGUAGAUUGCACAAGCAGUUAGACAACCGAACGUUGGUUAGUCGAACCUUCCUGAAGGCCAUCCUGGACAGCAAAGGCCUGAACCGGACUCAAAAUGAACAGUUAGUUCUGUUCCUGGUGGACAACCAUGCACAGCUCUUCAAGACACCUGCAUUGCUGAUUAAAGCAGUGAGCAAAACACUGCAGACCCUACAGCAGGGAAGGGACCUGGACGCUGUGCCUAUGUUCACAUUUUGCCAGCGUGUGACUGUCCGGCAGUAUGAAGACCAGCGAGAUAAGGCCACGUUGGAGAGCCUGAGGCAACUGAUCUGUGACAUCAGCCUCAACACUACGCUGCCUAUAAAGGAGAAGAGGCGGCUGGUUAAAGACUUCCAGAAGCAUCACCCAGUGGUGUUCUUACAGCACUUCUCCAAUACUUUCUAGCACA